GUCGAUGGAGCUACCCAUGUGUAUGAUGGGGUUGCGAUGAAAGUACAAAAGAGUUCGAUGCCCCGCGCGAAUAGACAUUCUGGAAUAGAAGCUCAUUACACUCAACUUUGAUACCCAAGAUACCCUCUUAAACCAAAUCAAACAAAUCUUCAAUCCAACUUUCUACCUUUUCAUACACAUACAACAUCAUACGCAAUGGCUCCCAAGGUUCUCAUCGUCCUCACCUCCGUCGACAAGACCGAGAAGUCUGGCAAGCCCAUCGGCUGGUACUUGCCCGAACUCGCCCACCCCUUUGACGUCCUCAAGGAAGCCGGUGUCGAAAUGACCUUUGCCUCUCCCAAGGGCGGCGUCGCGCCCCUCGACCAGGCCUCGGUCGAAAUGUUCGCCAGCGACCCCUCCUCCAAGAACUUCCUCGAGAACCACAAGGCCAUCUGGGAAAACACCGAGAAGCUCUCCAACUUUGUCGGCCGCGCCUCCGAGUUUGACGCCAUUUUCUACCCCGGCGGCCACGGCCCCAUGUACGACCUCGCCUUCGACGCAACCUCCCACGCCCUCAUCGCCGAGUUCGCCGCCCAAAACAAGCCCGUCGCCUCCGUCUGCCACGGCCCCGCCGCCGUCGUCAACGCAAAGCUCAACGACGGAAGCUACCUCGUCGCCGGCAAGACCAUCACCGGCUUCUCCAACACCGAGGAGGACCAGGCCGGCUUCACCCCCGAGAUGAACUUCAUGCUCGAGGACCGCCUUAAGGAGAAUGGCGGCAAGUACGAGCUCGCCGCCGAGCCCUGGGGCGAAAAGGUCGUUGUCGACGGCAUCGUCAUCACCGGCCAGAACCCCGCCUCCGCCCACGGCGUCGGCAAGGCUAUUGCCAAGGCUCUCGGCUUGUAAAUUAUUUGGUGAAAAAAUGAUUGUAUGAAGUAUCAUGAUUGGGGUCUAGGGAAGGCUAUAUAGUUAUAUCCAAAAUUUGAAGCGUUUUUGCCAACUCAACGUCCUUCCCGAGGAACUCUCCUGCCAACCAGUGUGAAACAUUUGAAGCUGCCUCAUGAUUGCCUAGUUCCUGGCCAGGUGCCGACGACAAUACACACAGCAGGUCGAUUUCUCGGCCAGAACCAAGACAAUGUACAUCAUGCAUCAAA